AACGCGGCAAUCUCGGGGAGAGAAGUUGAAGAGAAGUACGGUCAUAGAAUGAGUCUCUGAUGGGGCGAAGAGACGAGAAGAAAGAGAGAGUUCAAAAACAAGCGUUACUGGUAAUGGUUGAAUCCUUUUGAUGUGGACUCAAAUUUGAGCCAAAGAAAAAUUCCUCUGGUUAUGGCAAAGACCCUUCUCCACCAUCCAUUGUCUCCUCUCUCUCCCUCUCUCCAAGCUCUAAAGCAACGCUUUUGACGUUCCUCUUCGAUACAGAUUCUCCACUAGUCUUUUUUGUUUCCUUCUAUUUCUAUCUCUCUCUCGCUCUCUCUCUCUGCGUGACUCCUUCUCUUCUUUGCUUAUUCCUCUGCUUUUAUAUUUUUUUUUUCUUGGCUUUGUUAUUAACUCACACCCUUCUGCUCAUCGUUCUCUUCUCUUCACUUACUCUUCACUGCUUAUACUCUGUACUGCAGAGAUAUACUGUCGCAUUCUGGUUUCACGGUUUUCUUCAUCUGGGCAUCUUGGAGGAUAAAGAGUCUGGGGUGGGUCUGGGUUUUUUCUUAUUCUUUGUGUGUUUUUUUUUAAUUGAAAUACUUUAUACGUUCUUGUUAUACGUUCUUGUUCUGUGUGUUUGUGUAUUUCUGUUUAUUUCGGCAGUGUAUUGCUUUGGGGAGUACUGAAUUUUGGACAAAAGUUGUAGGCUUUACUCUUGCUCUGUUGAUUCUCUAGUUUUGCUGAUGUUUGAGUUGAUUGCCUUAAUUGAACUUCUAUUCACAUUUAGCCUUCAAUAGUAUUUUCUCAUGUUACGAUACCAAAAUAAAUAACUCAUUUAAUCUAAGUUUCUUAGAAAAUUGAAGGAGAGCAAUCUGCCUGAGUAUGUCUAUGUACUUACUGAUAGUCGGUUCUAGGACCUCUAAACUUUGGUAUAGCGAAGAGUUUCUAAGAAUGCUUUUGACGUUAUUGAUCUUUUCGGUUAUCUUUCGUGUAACAAUUUGCUUUUGUUCUUGGGUUUUAUCCCUUGUGCUCUAAAGUCUCCCUUUCUCCAUUUGAACUCAUCAAAAGGGUUUAUAAUUUUUAGAGUUGAAAUCUAUCCUAUUACUGUGAUCUGAAUGAUAAUUAACACUUUUUUAUGUUUCAAUUCUCGAAUGCUUUCACCCACCAUGAGAGGAUGAAGGAUUAAAAAAUUGAAGUUGGAGGAGAUUCUAGGUUCGAAAUGAAAUAAAGCUAAUUCUUUUAACAGAUCUUUGCUUUGUUACCUACACGCAAAGUUAGAUAUUUUAACAGAACUAGCAGCCUAAUAAAAAGAAUGAGUUGUGGUUAUUGUAUUAAAUGCUGUUUCUUAAAAGACCAUGGAUUUAUUAGAAUCUUCCUGUAAUCAAAUUUCAAUGCUUUAAUUUCUGGAUUUUAGACAAAGCCUGGUAAAUGGAGAUACACUCGCCAUAUGCUAGGAGUGCUUUUGUGAUCUCUGUUAGUCGAUAUGUCUGUUAGCUCAUAGGUUCAUAUGGAUGUGUUUUUACUGCAAAUUGCAAAGAAUUGAUGUCUCCUGAGAUCUUUUUUUAUAACUGACCAAUGAUCGACCUAAGAUGUUCCUCAUGAUUUACAUCCAUAAAUUACUUCUAAAUAGCUGUUUGUCUGUGUUUUCUACUGUCUUUUCUUAGCUUUAUAAUUUGUAUGUUUCUGACUGAUCUUCAGAUGACAGAUUGGGGUGUCAUAGUCACUGAAUUAUGUACAUGCUAGACUUCUGAAAUUUUGAAUUUAUUUAUAAAAUUUUUUUCAGCAUUAUUAUUAAGGAUAUUAACAUUGCAUUUGCUUCCAUUAUUUUAGUCAUAAACAAUGAGAGGGGCAAAUUCAAUUAAUCCUGAGGGAGAAAUCAAAGUGAGUUUUGGCUAUCAUUGCAAUGGCCCCAGUGGCAGCUCUUGUAUGCUUUCCAAUGGGUAUGAAACCCUGCAGAGCACUAAACUCUACAGGAAUAGCAGCUUCUCUUGCUUGUCUGGUGCUGCCUUAAGUGCUAAUGCCACUUUGGCUAACACCAAUAUCUGCAAUGGUGUGAUAGGAGCAGAAAUACUUCCCAGUUUGGACUCCCCAAAUUCAUUCCGAAAAGUUCCCUCUUCACCAACCCUUUCAAUGUUGGACAUAUUAUCAUCUUCUCUCCAAAGCAGUAUGUCAAACUUAAGUUGCAGCCCAUCCACUUCAAGUCCACCAGAAUAUGAUUCUUAUUCUUUAAAAUCAAUGAGUGCUCCUUCUAGAAGUGAAGGCUUUCUUAAUGCCAUUGAAGUUCAAGUUGCAGGUGGAGCUGCGGGUGAAGACAGGGUCCAAGCUGUCUGUUCUGAAGAAAAUGGGUGGCUUCUUUGUGCAAUCUAUGAUGGCUUUAAUGGAAGAGAUGCAGCUGAUUUUCUGGCUGGGACAUUGUAUGAAAACAUCAUCUUUCACACCAACUCUUUAGACUGGGAAUUGAAGCAGAAUGUAACCAGAGCUUCCAAUGGCAUGUCUCUGGAUGGGUCCCUUCAACAUCCUCCAGAGGCCGGUGAUCAUAGUCUUGGGGGGAAAAGUCCAUCGGGAAGUCUUAAUAAUAAGAAUUCAAAUAUUAACUUAAUCGCCAUGAAUGGAAUGCAUUCCAAACUGGAAAUUUCAUCUGAUUCAUUUAGGUAUGAAGUGCUUGAUAGCCUCCAGCGGGCUCUUAGUCAGGCUGAGAAUGAUUUCUUAAACAUGGUAGAGCAAGAAAUGGAGGAACGCCCUGAUCUAGUUUCCGUAGGAUCUUGUGUCUUGGUUGUUCUUCUUCAUGGAACAGAUUUGUAUACACUGAAUUUAGGUGAUAGUAGGGUUGUUUUGGCAACAUAUAAUGGAGGCAAUGUGGUGAAUGGGUAUGAGCAACUAAAAGCUGUCCAGCUCAGUGAAUGUCACACUGUUGACAAUGAACUUGAAAGAACCAUGCUAUUGAAUGACCAUCCUGAUGACCCUGCAACAAUUGUUUUUGGUAAAGUGAAAGGAAAAUUGAAGGUCACUCGAGCUUUUGGAGUUGGUUACUUGAAAAAGAAAAAGCUAAAUGAUGCUUUGAUGGGUAUCCUUCAAGUUCGUAACCUCAUAAGCCCCCCAUAUAUUUCUACCCAACCAUCAAUGAAUGUGCAUAAAGUAUCAAAGUCUGAUCACUUUGUCAUAGUUGGGAGUGAUGGAUUAUUUGACUUCUUCAGCAACGAUGAGGCAGUAAAGCUUGUCCAUUCUUAUAUCUUGAGCAACCCCACUGGUGAUCCAGCAAAAUUUCUGUUAGAGCAGCUUGUGGUGAGAGCAGCAGAUUGUGCAGGUUUCAGCAUGGAAGAAUUGAUGAACAUACCAGCUGGUAGGAGAAGGAAAUACCAUGAUGAUGUAACUGUAAUUGUGAUUGUUCUUGGAACAAAUCAUCGCACUUCAAAGGCAUCAAUGCACGUGUAGGUUUUUACGCGACUGUUUUCUGUCUUAAUAAGGUGGUUAUUAUCAACAGAUUUCAACUUGUAUAUAGCUGAUGUUGGGCACAUGAUCUGUACUGUGGAAAAAGAUUAUCAUCUGCAAUUUUGGUACAAAACCCGACCUAUCUUUGGUGCAAGUACAUUGGAUUAUAUUUUUUACUUUCAAUAAAAAUAUUGAAGUUUUAAAAGCAAAAUAA